AUGUCUGACGAGAUGAAUCUGCCCAUCAUUGAUUUGUCUGGAUACCUAAACCCCAAAUCUCCAGAGGACCGGGAACACGUUAUCGCACAGGUUCACGAUGCUAGCCAGCAGUAUGGAUUUUUCCAAGUCCGAGGACACGGCGUGCCUCCAAGUCUCCAGUAUGAUCUUGUUCGAAGCAUGGGCAAUCUGUUUAGCUUGCCCCAAGAGGAGAAGCUCCAGAUGUCUUUCCUUGAGAAUCCAUGCCGUCGAGGAUACGAAGCCGCGGGGAUGUCUCUUCGGGAAGGAGAUCCUCUGCCAGACGCAAAGGAGUGCUUCUAUAUAGCCCGGGAUGAUCCCAUUAUCGAGCUCUCCGGUUUCUACGGCCCAAACUUGUGGCCCAACCUCCCCACAGAGGACUUCCGGGAUCCAGUUUGGAAGUAUUACGAACAGACCAGCGAACUCGGCAAGACGAUCUGGUCGAUCCUGCUCGAGGGACUCGGCCAACCUGCCAGCCUGGUAGAAAACUUCGCGCAUAGGGCCAUCGUCCCGAUGAAGAUGAUUCGCUACCCGCCACAAAGCACCACACUUCCAGGACAGUUCGGCAUCGGCGCCCAUACCGACUUUGGUGGCGUUACUAUCUUGUUCCAGCAGCCUGGCAAGGAUGGCCUUGAGGUCUGGCACGAGGGAAAGGAGACGUGGAUUGAAGUCCCCGCGUUGGAGGAUGUGUAUGUGAUCAAUUGCGGUGAUAUGAUACAGAGGUGGUCUGGUGGUAAAUAUAAGAGUGCCAAGCACCGUGUCAUUAACAAAUCCCACGGUGAGCGGUUGUCGUGUGCCACAUUUUGGCAUGGUGAUAUUAACGCCACGAACCCACUAAACCCGAAUGAUCUGAACAGUGAGACGGUUGGCCAGCUACUGGUCAAACGUUUCCGCAAUCAAUACUCCAUGACCAAAGAGUCGAUUGCCCAAGUUGGUGCGGCCUGA